AUGGGGACAGCUAACCAGACUUGUGUGAAGGAGAUAGUAUUGCUCGGAUUUUCAGAUUUCCAAGAAAUGCAGACCCUGCUCUUUGUUCUGGUGUCCAUAUCCUAUGUGGCAGCCCUCACAGGGAACAUGCUAAUAGUAUUCCUUAUUCUCAGGGACCCUGCCCUUCACACCCCCAUGUAUUUCUUCCUCGGGAAUUUCUCCUUUCUGGAGGUCUGCUAUACUUCUGUAAUCCUCCCCAAGAUGCUGGUGGAUCUACUGUCAGAAACCCCAACAAUCACAUUAAUGGGCUGUGGGUUUCAGAUGUUUUUCUUCAAUAUCUUGGCUUCUACCGAAUGUUUCCUCCUUUCUGUCAUGGCGUAUGAUAGAUAUGUUGCCAUAUGCAAACCUCUACAAUACACCCUUAUCAUGACUCGCAGAAUUUGUGCUCAGAUGUCUGCCUUUUCAUGGAAUAUUAGCAUUUGCAUGGCUAUUUGGCAUUUUUAUUCAAUAUUUACAAAGCCCUUUUGUGGGUCAAAUCAAAUCAGCCAUUUCUUCUGUGACAUUGUUCUUGUGAUGCGGCUGCCUUCUACAGACACCUACAUGAAUGAAGUGUCUGUUACUGCUCUUACUGUGCCUUAUGUAAUGGUCCCAUUCCUUCUCAUCCUCUUUUCCUACACCCUCAUCAUAUCCACUAUUCUCAAGAUGCCCUCAGUCAAAGGCAGACGCAAAGCUUUCUCUACCUGCUCUUCACACCUUAUCAUGGUUUCUCUUUUCUAUGGAACAGGAACAGUAGUUUAUUUGCAACCUAGUUCAAGCCAUACUCAGGGCAAUGCCCGGUUCUUUGCCUUAGUGUACACGGUGAUGACACCCGUAUGCAAUCCCAUUGUUUACAGCCUACGGAACAAGGAGAUUAAAAGUGCCUUUAAAAAAUCAAUAGGCAGGGAAAUGUGUCCUCAUAUAAGGUCUUUAAAAGGAUUCUGA